AUGGGCACCGGGGAUUGGUGGUGGAAUGGAGAAGUCCAAGGGAAGGAAGCAAAGAAGCAUGCAUAUGUGAAGUUGGUAGAUAGCAAGGAUGAUGAAGAGAAGCGGACGAACCGGGAAAAGUAUAAGAUGGCGAGAAAGGAGGCGAAGUUGGCAGUUUCGGCGGCUAAAACAGAAGCCUUUGAACGUAUAGAGUUAUCAGGAGUUAUUCUGACUCGUGCACAUUGCAUUCUUUCGUCAUCAGGACCUGCUUCAAGUACCACUAAUGUCCCAGCUCAGACCAAAGUGAGGAAGAGGGGUUUUCAUAAUCCUAUUUGUUGCAAGUGCAAUAAGAGGCAUCAAGGGGUGUGUCGCUACGGGGCAGAUGUUUUGGUAGGUGUGGAAAAAGACAUGCAGGAGUGUGUAGGAUGGGUUCGGAUGUGUGUUAUAAUUGUGGUCUCCAAGGCCACGUGCAAAAAGAAUGCCAUGAUCAAGUACAAUAGUAACACUAAGAAUGGUGGUGUAAUUCGUUCCCCUGCACUGUGCAUAGCCAAUUCAACAACACCUUUCGCAGCUCGUAGUACUCGAACACUAGCAGACCAAGGUAAUGAUAGGGAUGGAGUAUUAGGAUUAAGUGGGGAUCAAGCACGUUAUCAUGAUAUGACACUAAGUCGUAAUGGUCCCGUACCGGAUGGAGUUAUAUGCUUUAAUGAUCGGGUAAAUGGAUUGAACAUUACAAAUGCUAAUGUUAAUGGUACACUCUAUAAUUUUCCAUUUUCAUCUCUCCCCUUUCUUGAAUAUGUUGAUCUUAGCCUGAACCAACUCUCUGGCACUAUCCCACCAAAAAUUGAAAAGCUCAAUAAUCUUGUCGAUCUUGACUUGUCGAUGAACAACCUUUCUCGUUCAAUUCCAAUUACUGUAGGUGACUUAAUUGAGCUCAAAAUUUUGUAUCGUUAUUCUAACCAGCUUUCUGGUCCCAUUUCUAGUGAGCUGGGGAAUCUGAAAAACCUCAGUGAUUUGGAAUUAUCCCAUAAUCAGCUUACCGGUUCAAUUCCAAUUACUCUAGGUGACUUAACUGAGCUUCAAAUUUUGUAUUUUCAUUCUAACCAACUUUCUGGUCCCAUUCCUAGUGAGUUGGGGAAUUUGAAAAAACUCAGUGAUUUGGAAUUAUCCCAUAAUCAGCUUACCGGUUCAAUUCCAAUUACUCUAGGUGACUUAACUGAGCUUCAAAUUUUGUUUCUUCAUUCUAACCAACUUUCUGGUCCCAUUCCUAGUGAGUUGGGGAAUCUAAAAAACCUCAUUGAUUUGGGAUUAUCCAGUAAUAAGCUUAGUGGUUCAAUUCCAAUUACUCUAGGUGACUUAACUGAGCUCAAAAUUUUAUAUCUUCAUUUUAACCAACUUACUGGUCCAAUUCCUAGUGAGUUGGGGAAUCUGAAAAACCUCACUAAACUGGAUUUAUCAAAUAAUCAACUUACUGGUUCAAUUCCAUUUACUCUAGGUGACUUAACUGAGCUCAAAUUAUUGCACCUUUUCUCUAACCAAUUUUCUGGUCCCAUUCCUAGGGAGUUGGGGAAUUUGAAAAACCUCACUAAAUUGGAUUUAUCAGAUAAUCAACUUACUGGUACAAUUCCAUUUACUCUAGGUGACUUAACUGAGCUCAAAAUAUUGCACCUUUUCUAUAACCAAUUUUCUGGUCCUAUUCCUAGUGAGUUGGCGAAUCUAAAAAACCUUAUGAACUGA